CCCACUCACAGGACUGGCAUGGACCUUCAUUGUAUUUUAAAAACUCUUUAUAAGCUCCAUCUUAAAUGCAGUUUGGCUUCUUGUUGCUGCUGCUGGGAUGGGGAAGCAGCUCUGGUGGAGAGGAAACCUCCUGAUUUUCUCCCCCAAACCUCAUCCUCCCCCACUUCUUUACCAGUUUGGCCUUUCACAAUAAGGACACCUCCCAGCUGGGGUUUGAUUUGGGCUGGACCAACCAGAAUGAGAGUCUGAGUGAGGUUGUCCCCAUUUUGCUGGUGCUGAUGCUGCUUAGAUUGAGUUUUCAUGGGGAAAAUCUGUCUGAUUGGGACCUUAAGUUGUUGUCCCAGAGCUUGGCAAAGCUUUGUGGUGUUUAUUUUAUUGGUGCCCACAGCAGGCUCCUGCUGAAGGGAACUGCUGGCUGUGGGUGUGAAUGAGCAGCUCCAAGUGGUUCAGGUGUGAGAAAAACUCCUCCAAACCCUGGUUCAGCCUUGCUCUGGCUCCAAAGCCAAAUUUUGAGUUUCCUGCAGCCCUGAGGGUUGUGGCACUUCAAACCAGCUCUGAAAUUCAGCUGUGGGGCUUUAACCCAUGAGGGGAAAAGUGGUGGAUGCUGCAAAUAACCUUCCUGCAGGGAGCUGCUGGGCUGGGUUAACCUUCUCAAUCCCUGCCCCUCGGUUACCCUGUGCCAUGGCAACACCAGCAAACACUCCUCAGUUGCCAAGGUUUCCCGGGAUAAGGGUCUGGCUGCAGAGCAGGAUUACACCGAUUCCUCUGAGGGAAAACCAGCCAGCAGGUGUGACUCCUGCCACCCCACCCCUCCCCAGGCUGGGGCCAUGGCUGACAUGAUUUUUGGCAGUGGGACUGGCCCCUGGGUUUGCCCCAACGACCGGCAGCUGGCCCUGAGAGCCAAGCUCCAGACGGGCUGGUCAGUGCACACAUUCCAGACUGAGAAGCAGAGGAAGAUGCAGGCUCUGAGCCCCAAGGAGCUUGAGGUCAUCCUGGGAGUGAUCCGCAAGGCAGAGCAGCUGGACGCGGUGGAGCAGCAGCGCAUCGGGCGCCUGGUGGAGAGGCUGGAGAACAUGAGGAAGAACGCCAUGGGGAACGGCCUCUCGCAGUGCCUGCUCUGUGGGGAGAUGCUGGGGCUGCUGGGCAGCUCCUCUGUCUUCUGCCAGGACUGCAAAAAGAAAGUUUGCACCAAGUGUGGGAUAGAAACUGUUGGAGCCCAGAAACGUCCUCUGUGGUUGUGCAAGAUCUGCAGUGAGCAGAGAGAGGUCUGGAAGAGGUCUGGGGCGUGGUUCUACAAAGGGCUGCCCAAGUACCUGGUGCCUUUGAAGAGCAGCAGCAAAGCCCUGGAGCUGCAGUGCCAGCCCCGGCAGGACGAGGAGCCCGAGAGCGUCAGGAGCAGCCACUCCUUCACCUGGGCCAGGGGAAAAGUGGUUUCCAGUGACAGCGAGAGCGACUCGGAGCUCAGUUCCUCCAGCCUGGAUGACAAACCCAUCCCUGUGGGACUGAAAAGCUCUCCAGGGAGAAAGCUCCAAGCAGGAAUGGCACCCACCAGGGGACCCAGCCAGCCCAGCAGCAGAGCCCUGGGGACCCCCCAAUUCUGGGGGAGCCACAGCAGCCUGGGCAGCGAGCAGGGCCCCGAGCCCAGCCCCACAGAGAGUGGCCAGAGUGACCAAACCUCGGAGCAGCGCCACAGCGACACCAGCACCAGCACCCCUGGCAAACGACGAGUCCGCAGCAGGACACGACUCUGAUGGGGGUGAAGAUGGAGCUGCUUUUUCCUGGAUCCAGCACUGCCAUCCCUCAGAUUCCACUCCAGACAGGAACUGCUGCCAGUGGUGACUUUGUGAUGCUCUCCCACAGGCCCUGGCACACGGUGGCACCUGGGACAGAGAGCCUGGGGCUGUGACUUGCCCAUGGCUCCCGUGGGGAAGGUGCUCCUCGUGUCUGCUUGGAGUGAGUUUCGAGGAGCCAGAACAUGGUGAAGUUGUGCUCCUGCUCCCUCCCUCUCUGCUCAGGGUAAAGGAACACUCCAAGGGGAGUUUGCUGUGAUUUUUUUCACUCCUCUUGGCCCUGCACUGGCUGGUGGCAGGCUGGGGGUCAGGGGAGAUUUGUGUUUGCUGCAGCUCCUGGGGGAACACACCCAGCUGUCAGUACCCAAAUUGGAUGAAAGCUUUCAAAUGAUUUUAUCUUGUAACGCUCUGCAGAUUCCCCUCCCACAUGCACACCUUACAUGAGCAAGGGCCUUUCUUUUGCCUUUUUCCUGGAAGUCUUGAUCAUCUGGCUGACUCUGGUGCUGUCAUCAUGAGUCAGGCUGCUGAAAACUGCAUGCCCUGGUCCUGCUUAUCCUCCAGAAUGGACAGUUUCCCUCUAAGGCCUGACAGAUGGGAAAAAUCAAAUUACCUCACAUCUCUAGAGCAAUUACAUCUUUGAAGACCUGAACAAAACCCACACUGGGAGUCUGUGGAUUUUAUUAAAUGCUUUGGAGCUGACCUGUCUAUUUUGAAGAAACAAAGGAUUCCAAAAAGUUCCCUCUGAAAUCACGGAGUUAAAGGCAAUUUGUGGCCAUUAAUGUCAGCCUUUCCCCUCGGUUAUUUCUCUUUUGUUCUGUUUUCCUUUGCUCUGGGCACUUUGUGUGCAUGUAGUGUGUGUUCUUACAAAUGGCUGCAUAUGAAGAUAAAUGAGAUUGGGUGCUGGAACACUUGGGCAGGAGAUUGGAAAUCAAUCCCUGAACUUGCUUUUUAGAUGAGCAUGGCCCAACAGAGGGCCAUUCCCUCACUGCUCCCCCAGUUCAUGUGCUGGGGCAGGGUGCUGGUGAAAUGCUUCCAGCCCUUCCUCUGUCAUCUGUUCCUGCUUUUUUACAAACAGACAGAAAACCUUUGGGCUCCCUGAGAUGGCAGCAAAAGAAAUCACUGAGUGUGGAGUCCACACCAUCAGCGUUGGAGAGAGCAAGGGAUGGGGUUGUUCUCCCCUGAGGGAUGUUUUAUGGCAUGCUCUGUUGUUAACCUGGCCAUUAGCUGCAUCUGUGGAAUGGGUAAUGCCAAAACCAUCAGCUGUAUCUGAAAAAGUGACUCCAGCUGUCAGCUUUUGCUGAAAUACUGGUGUGGUUUCGGAGCUGUUUCUUCUGAGAGCUGUAGGGUCUUCAGUUCCCAGUGUGUUUGGGCACCAUAAAGAGUUCUGUUUUGCCUUGAAGCUUUUGACAGUCCAAGUGAGGCUUGUCUUGCUCAUUACUGCAGUGCCUCAGCCAGCCUGGCCUGCCAGCCAGAGAAGAGAAGGAAGAAGACUUUUAGGAAUUAACUCUGUUUUCUUUAAACCUGUUGCUGUCUCAUCACCAGCUCCACACUGAGCUGGAGAGAGCUUUGAAAACGGGAGUGUCAUUUCUGACUCUCCUUGAGUGCCUGUGCUUCGCUGCAGGGCAGGCAGGUCACUCGUGUCCCCAUUCCCACUCUCAUUUCCCACCCUGGGAGGUGCCAGCUCUGCACAGGAGCCUGGGAAUCCCUGCUGGGCUUGAUUUUUAACUGAGGCCAGCUUUUAUAAAACCCUCUCAGAGAUAAAUUUGACGUUGCUCUGGUGCUAGUGAGACUGGAAACUUUUCUUUCUUACCUGUGCAUUUUAACUCCAUGGGGUAAUUCCACCUGAGUUGGAACCAGAAUUGUUCAAUCAGCUGUGGAAAGACUCCUCUUGGAUUGAGGGAAGGAUCUGGACAAUGUGAUCCAGGCACAACUGAAUGUGACAGAGGAAUAUCUGCAGCUCUGUGCACUAUUUUAUUUUGAAGACCACUUUUCCCUUUGUGGUGAUUGUCUUGGUUGGGUUUUGUAUUUUGUAUUUGUUGGAAUAUUAUCCUCAACCUGUACCUGUCUUUUGGGCCAGCUCAAUGUGAGCAAGAAGAGCUCAGUGAAUGUGCUUAGUCUGCUCUGGUCAUUUGUGUUUAUUAUUUUCUUGUUCUCAUCUCCAUCCCUCACAACUUUUAUGUGGUGUUUUACUACUGGAAACAAUAAAGCUUUUGCUCAGUAA